CAUUACCCCCAGACCCAGCCGUCUCCAUUAGAUGCCACUGGUAUGCUGCUGAGUAAAUUUUUUCCUGAAAAUUUGUCGUUUGUUUGUUUCUGUGAGUGGAAAGAGAACGCUUGCAUAGGCCUAUGAUUUUGUUGGAACUACAUUUUAAGGACAGACUCUACGUAAUCGUCUCAUGGAAGAUACGAUCAAUCUCAAGACCGACACAUUUGUCUUGCUCACAAAAGCAGCACUAGCCACUGAACCAUAUCGAACGCUAAGGGCACUGACAGACGUCAGCAAGUCGUUAUUCAUUCAUUGUAGUAAUAAUAAUGUCGGAAUUUUGUGUAUCUGUUUGACGCGUCGUCUAGGAAACUGUAAAUGUUAUCGAUAAUUUCAUUUCGAUUCUUCAGGAGUUAAUGACGUCCGUUUGUAAGUGCCAGCAGCUCCUGAAUAGAAGCUGCCUAAUAGUUUCCCAGAAAAUUUUGACGUAUGGCCAAGGGAGAACAACCAACUGGACGUUCUAAGUUAAUGUGUCAGAGCUUCUGAGGUCGCUAUCGUGGAACAGAAGAAACUUUGUGUUUUCUUAGAACCUAUCUGCUCGCUAACUAUCACAAAUUCAGCUGGUAGUAGAGUUCGCUCCGUUUCAACCGAAUAAACACAACAACCCCAAUAAAUAUGUCAGGUUUCAAAUCCAACAUUAAAAUCAGCUUGACCGCAAAGAAGCAGGAGACGCCUGCCGCGUCACUGAGCACGACUGCGAAAUCUAAAACACAUACAGUUGCGUCGGUCUUCAAUGACAGCGAUGAAAGUGAACCUGAAGAGAUGCCGGCAGAAGCUAGAAUUCGAAUGCGUAAUAUUGGCAAGCAUACGCCCACAUCGGCUGGUCCAAACAGUUACGGCAAGACAAACCGAGGCUUCACUGACCGGCGAGCAGAAAUCGAAAAGCAGUUACGCGAGCAAUUAGAACGUGCUGGCGAUGAUGCGAACCAACAACAUCUUAAACGAAAAACCUCGAACAGCGACGGCCUAAGCGAUGUUCGAAAAAGUUUCGCGGCUGUUAUUAAUCAGCAAAAGAAUCUGGAUAAUGACCAGCCACCCAGCAAACGCUCGAGAGGAUCAGGAGAUGAUGCUCGAGAAAGUUUGGGUGCGAAGAUUCAUGCUAUCAAGGAUUCAUUCACUGAUAUCGUUCAGGAUAUUCAUGUUGAGGAUGAAGACGACGAGCAGACGAAACAGAGUUAACGACAAACGGGUGGCUUACUAGAAAACGGCGCUCUCCUGUACAUACCUUUCACAUACAUAUAGAUAUAUAUUUAUAGAUACAGAUAUGCAUUACAGAGCAAACUAGAAGCGUAACGAGCUAUAAAUAAAAAAUAUAGGGUAUAUAUAAGUAGGUUAAUUAGGUAACGAUUGAACAAUGAUAGAUAUAAAUAAAAAUAAAUAUAUAUAUAUAUAUAUAUAUAUAUAUUAUGUCUGCUUAAUAUGCACUCAGUGGGAUGCGCUAGUAAUUAACGAACUACGAAAAAUCAGCGGUAGCCAGCUAUCACAGUAAUAUAACACUGGCGAUAUUAUUAUGACGAUUUAAUGGUAAGAAAACAUCCAGUUCAGUCAAAGACGAUAAAAGGAAGAGCAAUCACAGUAAAAUACUUGCAUUCACAACACGAAUGUGUUAGAGUACGGUUUUUUAGUUAAAAUUUUUGUCAAAUGAGCAUUAUUGCACCGCUAGCAGAACUGAGUGACUACGAGAGACAACAGCCGAGAACACACGUCUCUGUUUUUUCGAAGUAAUUGCUAUCAGCUUAUAUUUCGAAAGGGCAUGCAGUGGAGGCGAUACCGCUUCAGAGGUUGCUAAGAAAGUUUCGUUGACGUUCGCUCUUGGCUUGCACAUACGCUUGCAAGCCUAAUCCUCCGAGUGCUGUAUAAAUCUACUAAUGCCAUGUGCACUCUAGAUGCAUGAUAUGGAUGAUAUGAAAUUUAGCUGUUUCCACAAUUCUUUGUUCAACUUAAUGGCAGCGAAAUUGAUCGGUGAUCUCUGUCUUUAAUAAAAUAACAAAUUUUAAC